AUGAUGCUGCGGGAGAAGGACGGAUUCAAGACAGAACAGUGUUCCGGCCAAACUAGACUCUUCUCUACUCCUCGAACGCGGCUCAUCUCCUGCUUCCGCGCCUUUGCACAAACAGGACAGGUCCCUCUUCAUCUCCACCUCUCGACAUCUUCCCCUUUCUCCAAGGCUCAGCCCAGGUGCCACCUCCUCCGAGAAGUCUUCCCAGAGCCUCUCACUCAGUGUCUCGGUCCUGUCCAUCUCUGCUCCGCUCUCGGCCAUCGCUCCCCACCUCGGGCUCCGGCCGACCCGAACACGGGCGCCCGCUCUUCCCCAUCCUCCCUCCCCGCCCCGCGGACGGCUGUGGCAGGCGAGGAAGUGGGGCAAACUGGGGAAGCAGCUCGGAUCCUGGCUCCUCGCCCUCCCUCCCCCGGGGACAGGCUGAGCUGGGGACCCGAGCCUGGGACGCACUUCGACGGGGGCGGACCCGGAACCCCCGCCGGCCAGUUCGGAGCCCCCGGGGAUCACUGCCAGCUCGGGAGCGCCCGGCCGGGCCAGCGGCGCGGUCCGGGGCCGCCUCUGUCCGUUCGGGCUCGCGGGGCUCACCUGGGCGCUGGCCUCUCACAUCGCUUCCUCGGCGUCCACCUCCGCCAGGCCCGGGGCCCGUCCCAGCCGCUCCCGCCGCCGCCGCCGCCGCCGCCUCAGCCCCUCGUCCACCCGGAAGCGCUUCCCUUGAGCCCCGCCCCCUCGGGCACCACCGCUUCCGGCCGGAGGGAGGGGUGGGGAGAGGCGGGGUGA